AACAGAGUGCUGUGUAUACACCCCCGCCCACGUAUUAUUUUGUGCGGUCAGCCCGAAGUCAGCCAGCCAGCCACGCUUCCUCCGAUCUCGCGAGCGGACGGGGAACCGCCUGGCCUAGGGACCGCCGGGGCGGAUGAUGCAUUCGUUAUUUCACGAGGGGCAACCACGGGCCGCGCCACCGUGCCACGUAAGGAAGCUUUAAUGUGACAUCGCGGACGAGCAUGAUUCUGGCUGGAUCAGACCACUUCCUAGCGGUACCUGUGGAAGCGACUGCAGUUCUGGGUGCCGUUGCUGGCUUCGUAGUCCUACUGCUGGCUCUCUUCCUCUACUUAUCCCGGAAGUGGUGCUUCACGCCGCCCUCGUCCACCGCGCUCUUCGGCGGAGUCUGUGUGCCCCUCUGUGAGUCCACCAACAGCUCCACAUCUCAAAUCUCGAAAAACAUAGGGAAGGCAUUCUCCUACUCGGAUCCAGAAACAAGCUCCGAUUCAGAGGAAGACGCCCUACGACGAUUGAAUUCACGCGCGCAUCCCCCGCCGGAUACGCUGACUAUUCAAGCGGAAGAUGGACCAACCACCAUUGUGGAUGCUGGAACAACUUCCAGCAGCUGCACUGAGGAACACCCUCCAGCAGAUCAACAACAGUGCGUAGUGGAAGUCGGAGCUUCCGGCAUUAUACUCGACAGUAGGGAACAGGAAAUAGAAGUUGAGCAAAAUGAAUCGACGACUAACGACGUCAUCAGGACAAUGGGCGCAACGACUACCGAGGAAAUCGGCGGCCUGGAAGUCGCUUUCUUAUACGACGCCCCGAUGCGCGAGAUGACAGUUCACGUGUUGCAAGGUCGAAACUAUCCCCCGGGCAUCGGCGGCAGUCAGGUACGGCUGGUUCUUUUGCCAUCGAAGAAGCAGAGGCGUAAGACUCGAGUCCGCCAAGGAACCUCCCCGCAGUACAUGGAGAGCUUCCUGCUCCCCCGUGUGAAUCCGGAAGACGUGAACGCGAUGGGGGUGCGGCUCAGAGUGUACCUCUGGGGCGGCAGGAUGAUGCGUCGGGAGAGAUUGUUGGGCGAGGCCAGAGUGUCUUUCGAUCGGAUCAACCUCCAACUGGAGACCACUCUCUGGUUGACCCUUCAGCCGCCGCUUUCUUCCUCGGCACAAGAUUGGGGAACCACUAGCAGUCUCACUCGCAGCGACUCCACGGGAUCUCAACAGUCAGUCCAGUCGUACGCCUCACCUGCCGUACCACCUUACGGCAGUAGCAUGAAGGGCGGCAGCGUCGCGGAGAUUCUAAUCGGUCUGGCAUACAACGGCACGACGGGCCGCUUGUCGGUGGAGAUAAUCAAAGGUUCCCAUUUCCGUGGCGGGGGCGGAAACGACACGAAACCACCUGAUACCUACGUGAAGCUAGCCCUGGUCGACAGUAACGGCCACGAGAUGGGCCGGUCGAAGACCGGACUGAAGCGUGCCCAGCCAAAUCCUCUCUACAAGGAGACUUUCAUAUUUCAGGUCGCCUUGUUCCAGCUGGGGGACGUCACGCUCUUCUUGUCCGUGUAUAAUCGCCGGCGGGGCGGGAUGGGCAGGAAGGGACGGGAGAUGAUCGGCUGGCUCUGCCUCGGUCUGAACAGCUCCGGGUCCGAGGAGCUGCAGCAUUGGAACGACAUGCGGACGGCGAGGCAGCCGACGCAGGUGCAACGCUGGCAUUCGCUGCUGCGCCCUUGAAGCGGCCGCGAGCGACCGCCUGCCACGGAUUGAUGACUUCUCGCAGCGGCAGCGGCUCGAGCGGAUUAUUUGAGCCUCGGCGGCUCUCGCCGAGGGAAAGCGAGCGACGGACGCGCGUCCUCGGAAGGAACAACCGGGCUUGUCUCGAGAGGGAUCUCGACUACUUUCUCCUUACUUCGCGGAGACACUGCGUACUGCCCGGUCGAACAACAACGGAAGUCAAUACUCUCUCCAGUCGAUUUGUCGGUCGCAAGUCGGAUCCCGAACAACGCAAGUGUCCAACCACGACGUCUCUCACCGAGAGACGCGUGACCUCUUGGGUGUGUCCGUCGGUCAGACGAGCAUGUAACGCCACCGUCUGAUCGUAUAUAUCGUAAGGACCAUCCGAGGGACGUCCCGAUCUCCGAUGUUGUCGAGCGUCUAACCGAUAUCACGUCCUCUCGCUGAUGUCGCGCGCUAACUUCUCACACGUCCGUCGGACGGGGAGACACGAAUGUGUCUGUUAACGUCGCAGAGACGUCCGGGCGGCGUCCUCAACGGUAUCUCUGAGAUACGUCCGUUCAAUGAAGGAUCGAGCGGCGUCGCGGAUGCGUCCGAAAGACGAUCUUCUCGGCCGUUGAGCGUCCCGGCGUCGUCGAGACGGAGGGCAAGCAAUCUCCGCGCCGAGGGACGUCUUCGACGUCCUCCUCUUCGAGGUUCCUCGGGCUUUUGCUUUCUGUUGUUCGGGAUGCUGCUUUGGGACGUUGUAAAUCUCUGAGUUGCAAACUCUCUCGUCUAAAUGUACCAAGUACAUUCCCUUUUUGAUACGCUGGUGGGAGCAGAGCGGGGUGGGUUGUCUUCGAUGUCGAGGGUCCGGACGAUCGCGUGACGCGACCGGCUCGGCACCCAACUUCAUCGUGCCCGUCCCGUCACGCGACGGUACGACGCUCUCCUCGACUCGACAUGUGCCUGAGCCAAUCUGAACCGUUUAUUCUUUACUUUGUGCCUUUCACCCUUUUUAGGCUGCGCGCGCCGAACGGAGAACCGUCACGGAGCGUAAUUCGAGCCGGCCGGCGAACUCGUCGACCGAGACGGAUUUCAUUCUCUCCACCUCACCGUACUCUGUAAGAUGCCGCAAGGGUGGCCGCCGGAGGAAUCGCGAGUCUCUCUCUGUCGCGACCCGGCGAGUCCGGCGAAACUGGCUCAACUCGAUUUGCGCGGUCAAUCGAAGGUGACUUCGUGUUCGCACUCGCGGCGAACUACGGGAGCUCGGUGUCUCCGUUGCGAGAUUCGUGCGUCCGCUCUUACAGAUGGGAUUAUACACCGACACAGUGAAUUGCCAUCGGGCGAUCGCGUCUGUUGUUUUGCGGAACAAUAACGAAAUUGUUGAGACGCCCCGACUUGCCGUGCUUCUUCUCCUCGUUUUUUCUCGGUCGCCUCGAGCGCCCUUCUAAGCGAAUGCGCGAGUUCAUAUGAUCGCGGCAACAAGCGCAUUCGAUGUCUUGCUUUCUUGUAUCCGCGGCCUUAUUGAGACUCCUGUUUCCUCGCCGCAUCCGUUUUGAUUAUUUGACGGUGUCAGGAUGGAGAAAACGUCCGAAAUUCUGACGGGAUCAAAUUCUUACGGAAGUAAAAUGGAUGGUGUCCGUAAGAUGGCGCGUUUAUAAAACAUUCCGAUAACGUUUCUUCCACUUUAACAAUCGACGAAUAGGCGUAAAUUAAAAAAUCAUGAGAAAAGUAAGACAUUCGAUUUCACUUAACGUUGAUUAAACCUUCUGAAUUUAAUUCUCUUCGGAUAAAGAUUCGAGGAUGUUGUCAGGAGAAAUAAGUUUGAUGAGAAUUCGAUGAAACUUGCAUUAUACGUGUGCGUUAAAAUGUCAAACUGCUCGUGCGAUUAGAAAAAGAUUGACCAUUUGAGAGCUGAGGUAUUUGUAAUUCAAGUUGACACAUUUUAUACGUAUUCCUUGAGAUUAUCGCGCUAUUUUUGAUUUUGAUUUUUAAU